AUGUCCUCCUUCAAGCGACGAACGACCACAAAACAAGCCCCCACACCCGUCGGAGCGCGUAUAUCGCCCGGCGCAACAUCGAGCUUCAUCACGUCGACAGGCAUCCCGUCGCUGGAUGACAUCCUUGGCGGCGGCCUGCCACUGUCGUGUUCUAUGCUCACCCUCGCACCAGAUGCGCACUCCGCGUAUGGCGAGCUCGUACAAAAGUACUUCGUUGCUCAGGGCCUCGCGUGCGGACAGAAAGUCUGUAUCGUUGACGAGGGUGUCGACGGGUUCCUCUCCGAGUGCAUGUGGACUCCCGGCGCCGCGUCCAACCCCGUUCCCGCACCAGCAGCGGACGACGAAGACGAGGCGAAAGCCAGCGGAGAGGACGCGAAGAUCAAGAUUGCAUGGCGCUACGAGCAGAUGAAGCAGUUCCAGACCACGGUGCCUGCCCAGAACCAGUCAAGCGAAGACUAUUGUCGCGUCUUUGACUUGACGUGUCGCAUACCGGAGGACAUCCUCAAGAGCGCGAAGAGCUCCGGCCAGCUCAUGUCUGCGCCCGUCCAGUCUGAGGAGGACUCCAGGCCAGGAAGCUCUGUUCUGAGUGCACUGGAGAAGAUAUUGGCAGAGCAUGACCAGCGGGAGGGCCCAUCCGUUCCAGUUCGGAUCUGUGUUCCCUGUCUUGGGUCGGCUGAGUGGGGAGAUUUCACCCAGCAGGACAUAUGUUAUUUCUUGCUGUGGAUGCGGAACUUGCUGCGGCGCCACCCAACUGCCUGCGCCUCAAUAUCUCUCCCUCCACAUCUCUGUGCAGACUCGUGGGGCGGACCUGGCUGGGUGCAGAAACUCGGCUGGCUGGUCGAUGCUUCCAUCACACUCGCAGCGUUUACCGCCGAUCCAUCCCUCACAGCUAUGUUCCCCUCGCACCAUGGCAUGGUCCACAUCCACUCCCUUCCCGCGCCGACCACCCUCCUCUCACCGAGCGACAAAUUCUCGACCCUGCGCGGGCUCUCCUCGAGCGGCGAGAACAACCUCGCGUUCAAGUGUAUGCGCAAGCGGAUGGUGUUUGAGACGCUGCACCUCGACCUCGAGGGCGGAGUUGGCGAUCGUAGGACCACGCCUUCGAGCAGCGCGAGUGCGCUCAAUGAGGCGGCCACAUCAGUUCAUGCUGCGGGUUUGAGACCGGGGGACAUCGCUGCUGCUGCAUCCGGCGGUGCUGGUGCCGCGAUUGUGGUUGAGCUGGAGCAGGUGAAGACCACUGUACCACAGGCCGGUCAGAGCGACAAGCUGGAGACAGAGACCCCUCCGGCCACUGUCAAGAAGUUGAAAGCAAAGAAGAAAGUUGGCUUUGUAUCCGAUAGGCCGGACCUGUAUGAUUUCUGA